AUGAGUCUCCGCAAUGGGCCCUUCUACUGCAACGACUGGGCCCCCGCCAGGCAGCAGGGUUCAGUUGGUUCGGCGGCCCCAUUGCUUGCGGGGCCCCCCGGAGCCCCCUCAGCCGCAGCUGCAGCAGCCGCAAGGCGCAGCGCAGCAGCUCCGCGAGUGCCCUCUUGCUGCGUGGCAGUGAAUGCCGAAACUGCGCAGACACUGGCGGCGUGGGGGCUGCUGCAGCAGCAGCAGCAGCAGCAGCCAGGGGGGGCCCCUGCUGCAGCGCACGGGCUGGUAGUGGUGGGGGUCCCCCAGAGCCAGCAGCUGCGGAGCGGCGUGGGCGUGGCGGCCGUGCUGCGGGCCGCGCUGCAGCGCCGCGGGAUCGAUCGCCUCCCCGAUCCCAGUGCCCUGGCCCCCGCAGCCAGCCCGGGGGCCCUCAGCAGCAACUGGAGAAGCCUGGGGCCCCACAUUGAGGCCCUGGGCAUUUGGCUGGGGGACACUUGGAUGGGGGCCCUCCAGCGAGGUGACCCUGGGGCUGUGGGGCCCCUCCUGGACCUGAUUGUUGAGCGGCAGCUCAAGUUUGAACAAAACGUUUUGGCCUACGAUAACGCCCCCCUGCCUGCUGCUCCUGCUUCCCGCAACGCUGCUGCUGCUGCUGCUGCAGCAGACAGGCAGCCUCCAGCGGCGGCAGCGGCGGCGGCGGCUGCUGCUGCUGCGGCAGCGGAGAGGCAGCUGCCACCGGCAGCAGCAGCGGCGGCGGCUGCUGCUGCAGCGCAGAGACAGCCCUCAGCGGUAACAGCGGCUGCUGCUGCUGCUGCUGCUGCUGCAGAUCCGCAACCGGCCGCCAGCUAUGACAGAAGGGUGGAUCCCUCUUCCCCUGGGAAGCAAACUGUCCCCUCAGGCAGCUCCAGCUGCCACCGGCAGCAGCAGCGGCGGCGGCUGCUGCUGCAGCGCAGAGACAGCCCUCAGCGGGCGGCUGCUGCUGCUGCUGCUGCUGCUGCAGAUCCGCAACCGGCCGCCAGCUAUGACAGAAGGGUGGAUCCCUCUUCCCCUGGGAAGCAAACUGUCCCCUCAGGCAGCUCUUUUGCUGCCGGCUCUGCUGCUGCGUUUGCUUCUGCUCGCGCUGCGUCUCCUGCUGCUGCACUUGCUUCCCCGGCGCUCGCGGCUGCAGCUGCUGUUGCUGCUGCUGCUGCUGCUGUGCCCGAGCUGCCUUCCUUUGCUUCCAGUUUAAGCGAGGUCCAAUGGUCUUCACAUUCUACAGCUCAUCAGCCUUUGACGCUGCCCUUUGGAAGGGGAACUCUUACUGAGGUGCAGCAGCAGCAGCAGCAGCAGGAGUGCCAGCAGUCAAUGCAGCAGGUGCAGACGCUGCAGCGUUGGGAUCAGCAAGGUCAGACGCAGCAGCACGAGGAGCAGCUGCAGCAGCACAGCGUCAGCUGCCCAAGGGAGGCCUCCUGCUCACUCGUGAGCCAGCCCACAGUUGUUGCUGUGAGAACAGCAGCGCAAGCUUCGGCUGCUGCAUCAGCAGCAGCAGCAAUCGGGGUAGACGCAGCAGCUGCUCAGUCAGAGGUUGCUGCACCCGAGUGGGCAGCUGCUGCUGCGGCCCACACAGAGAGCGCAGCGGCGAUGAGGGCUCCGAAGCAAGCAGAGGUCCAGACGGAUGAGCCUGGAGAGCCGCUGGCCACGCAGCCUCCUGCAGGCAUGCCUAUCUCGAGUCUCCGCAGCAGCGACAGCAGCAGCAGCAGCAACAAUCUCUUGUGUCAGUACCUAGCUGAGGCUCUGCUGCAGCCGCUGCGCCGCAGCAGCAGCAUCAGCUUUUCUGCUGAAGGCGCCUGCAGCACAGAAGCCCUCCCUGAAAGUCCCCCCUUCUUCUCCCCUGUGGGUUGCUUAGCUGCUGAGGCUCCGCUGCGGCUAAACAGCGGUCCGCAGCAGCAGCAGCAGCAGCAGCAGCAGGCUGAGGCGCAUAUGCUGGAUGAGAUUCCCGUGGUUCCCGCAGAGACAGAGACUCUCGGAAAUGUCUUGAGCCAUGGAGCUGCUGCAGCAAACGCCACAGGAAUGUCACCAGGGCUGGCAGCAGACGCGCAGCAGCAGCAGCAGCAGCAGCAGAACUUGAGCAAUGGAAGCAACGCCGUUGGAAAGCAGCAGGACGACAUGCAACAGGAGCGGUCGCCCUACCUAAGCGGAGGUGGCACCAGCCCGCAAGAAGCUGGAGCAGCAGCAGCAGCAGCAGCAGCAGCAACAGCAGCAGCAGCAGAAGCUGCUGCUCCCCUGGGUGCUGCAGAAGAGCCCAAGAUCUCUACUGGGCGCUUCAGCUGGGUGGGCCCUUCGAGGCGCCGCAGCAGCAGCAUUUUUGUGUCUCCUUUGGGAGACUUUGGGGGCCUCCCAGAAGGAGCCUUUUCUGCGCACACACUGAAGGGCCAGCAGCAAACCGAGCAGCAGCAGCAGCAGCAGCAGCAGCAGCAGGGGUUCGGCAGCGACAGUGAGGCGGGGCUCGGGUCGCUGUGGAGCCGCAACGAGCAGCAGCAGCAGCAGCAGCAGCAGCAGGGGUUCGGCAGCGACAGUGAGGCGGGGCUCGGGUCGCUGUGGAGCCGCAACGACAACAUCGAAGAGCUGUUGCUGCAGUCGCUGAAGCAGCACUUUGGCUGCAGCAGACGCAGCAGCAUCAGCAUAGUGCAGCAAAAAGGCCAAAUGCUGCAUGCGCUGCUGCAGUCUGAAGGCUCCCAGGCUUUUUCUGAGGGCCUUCAUGACUGGGCUGAGGGUUUGAAACAAAGGGCCCCAGAGGCUGCGCGGCUGCUGCAGCGCGAGCCCAAGAAGGCCCCCAUUGUGCUGCAGAUCUUCUACGCAGGGGCGGCGCUGCUUCACUCAAGAGGGCUCUUUGGUGGCGCAGCUUCGCUGCUAGAGGCUCUUGCGCUUCUGCUGCAGCAGCUGCCUCUGAGCUGCGAGCCGCUGCAGCAGCGGCUGCUGGAGCAUCUUCGUCGCUCAGCUGCUGCUGCGUCUUUGGCCGAGGUGGCAGCAGCAGCAGCAGACCACGAAGCUUACGUACACUCCGAAGAAGCAGCAAAACUUCUUGCUGCCACGGGCAAUUUGCUGCUGCACUGGAGCUGCGCAGGCAGCGCGGCCUUGUGGGCUGGGGGCCUUCUGAAGAAAGUUGUUCGCGACGAAGCCUCAUACUUCCUUCUAGUCAGGCUCGUGCUGGAGCAGCAGCAGCAGCAGCAGCAGCAGCAGCAGCAAGGAGAGGAGGGGAAGGCAGCAGAAGUCAGGGCGUUGUCUAUGGAGGUCCUUGAAGCUUUGGCUGUAGAGGCAUGCAGCGCUGUGCUUCAGCGGCAAAAGCCCCUCACCACCCGCGUCGCUGCGCUGCUGGUGCUGGGCCCCUUGAUCUGCUGCAGCAGCAGCAGCAGCAGCAGCAGCAGCAGCAACAGCAGCAGCAGCAGCGCGCAGCCUGGCGACGACGAUCCGUCCCACAUCCACAGACAGAUUCUCGGCUGCCUCCGCAUAGCCCUUUCUGAAAGAGAAGGGGUGUGGAAAUCAGCAGCAGCUGAGACAGCAUCUGCAGUUGUUGCUGCUGCAGCAGCCAGCAGCUGCCGAGAGUUUGCUGCUGCAGUGGUGGGAGAGGGCUUUGUUCUGGAGGCCCUUCUUCCCGCAGCUAAGGCACAGAAGGGCAUUUAUGCUGCACAGUCUCCAGCAGCAGCAGCAGCAGCAGCAAUAGAAAACAGCGCCGGAGCGGCAGGCGUAGACAACUCCCGUCUCUUCUCUUUCUUAGAAAACUACCUCAGUGCUGUUGGCCGGCUGUACUCUGAAGACGCGCGACUUUACGCAGCUUUUUUCUCCCACCCCAACACGUCUACGGAGUCUGCUGCAGCCCUUCUCUCCGCCAUCUCCUGGCUGCACACAAAAAGGGACCCUAUAGAUGCUGCUGUUUUGGCCGAGCUGCUGCUGAGCUGCUGGAGGGGCAGGGGGGCUCCCGCGCUGCUGCAGCGGGUCACGCGGAAGCUGCUGCUGCUGGACCGGCAAGGCCCCCCAGUAGCAGCAGCAGCAGCAGCAGCAGCAGCAGCAGCUGAGGCAGGGCCAAGACAAUGCCUCGCUGAAACGCUCAAAGACCUUCUGAUGGGACCUUCUCGAGAAAACCCUCUUGAGAAGGAGACAGUCGAUGCGCUAUUAUCUCUCUGCGACCAGUGCAUGGCAGAAGAGACAGGCGCAGCAGCAGUAUCUCACUUCAACAGCCUCACUAUUAGCGGGUUGCCCCCAGCGCCGCUGCUGUCGCUUUCUGCUGCGGACCACCUGCUGCAGGAGCUGCAGCAGCAGCACCCUGCAGCAGCAGCAGCAGCAGCAGGUCAGCAGCAGCUAGAUGAGGCAGAAGAACUCGAGGCCUCCUGCAGCGACCACUGGCUGGAGAGGCCAGGAGCAGCAGCAAGUUCUGUUUCCUUCAGUCUCACCAUUUCAGGCCGCCCCUCAAGCGUUUUCGGGGAGCAGCAGGGCCUGCAGCCAGCAGCAGCAGCAGCAGCAGCAGCGGCAGCAGCAGCAACAGCAGGAGAAGAUGUUGGCGAGCCAUAUCCCCCGAAUGAGCAGGACCCCCAAGGGCCUCCCCUGAGGGCCCCCCAGGGCCCCUCCAGGGGCCCCAGUGGGGGCCCACUUGGGGGCCCCCAAGAGGGCCCCCAAGGGGGCCCCCAAGGGGGUCCCCUGGGGGCCCCCAAGAGGGCCCCCACGGAGACCCGCCUUGUCCACCGCAGCGUUUUGGCUUCGCUGCGGCCUUUCAAAAGCCAGCCGCCCGAGGGGCCCCCAGCAGCAGCAGCAGCAGCAGCAGCAGCAGCAGCAGCAGAUGCAGUAGCAGCAACGCCGGAGCCGCUUGAGGAAGUGGAAUGCAAGUUGCUGCUGCAGUGCUUCCGGCCUGUUUUUGUGAAGCUCUUUGAAGUGGUGAAGAAAGCAGCACAGAAACCCUCAGGAGGAGAAGGCUUUGCAGACCCUGUAAGGGCCCUAAGCCCUUAUCCUGGAAAGCAUCUCGCCCCCGCCCAUGGUGCAUCGCGGCGUUGCCUUGGGCCCCAAGACAGAAAGAGGGGCCCAGAUCCUGUCUCUGCUGCACCGCAUCAAGCGCGAAGGAGGUCAGAAGUGCCUGGGUCCCGCACUUCAUGCCUCCCCCCACUCAUCAAAGCCUGCGAAGCCAGACUAGCAGCUCGUCAUGCAGCACUUUUGGUGGAGAGUAUAAAUUGUUUGUUGAGUGUGGGGGCCCCUAUACAGAGGCUGCCGCCCGGUAAACCGCGGGUCGUUCUGCGGCAAGGCCACGACUUCGCGGCUGCUUCAGCAGGAGCAAAAUCCACGGCAGCAGCAGCAGCAGCAGCAACAGCAGCAGCAGCAGCAGCAGCAGCAGCAACAGAGCUGCAGUCUGAAGACUCUGUACUGGGGGACGCUUCAGCAGCAGCAGCGCAGCAAUGGGCCAUGGCGGGGACUGUGGGGACUCAGCUGAAGGGGCUAGGGGGUGAGGGGCCCCUCAAAGCCGCGGUGGUGACGCUGUGUGCCAAACAGCUCAACGAGAUACACACAGACGCCAUCUGCAGAGAAGAAGAGUGCAAGGCAGGUUUGGGGAGCACGAUUAAGGGUCUGGCGUUGAGAGUUGGCUGGGUUGUACGGCUUUGA